AUGGAAGGUUCUGUUGAAUUUAAUGCUGAUGGAAUUUUUCGCAGAUUAGCUAUCCUAUUAGCAAAGCAUAAUAUCUCUCUCAGCACAGGGGAAAGUGACGAAAUAUACAACUUAAUUGUGUAUAGCUUUUGUUUAGGCUAUACAACAUCAAAGGAGAAUGGAAAAACUGCAAUACAAGUUGGAAUGGAAAAAAUCCCUCAUUGCAAGCGCGAUAAGCUCAAAGAUAUACUCAUACAGACAUCCAAAGAGAUUCAUUCAAGUAUUAUGGCGCGCUUCUCUACGUUCAGCAUGCCUUACGCUAGUGUCGCUCUAGACAAAGGUACCACACAGAAGAGAUCUUUACUCGACUUUGUGUUAGAAAAUCCUUGCUUUCCAAUUCAGUCUUAUCCAGCCCAUACAGAAAGAAUGACUGGAUUGAAGACUGCCAACUACACACUCGCGAUCAAUAAUGGAUUGAAGGCAAUCCAUGUUUGUCACGUGCAGAUCGGCUGUGUCAUAGUUGAUGGAGGAACAGCACAAUUGGCUGCACUUACUGGUAAGGAUAAUUCCAUCCUUGCCUUAUCCAAGGUGCAAUGGUUGAAGGAAAUCAUUGUUGUACCCUGUAUUUGCCACAGGGUACACAAUGCUUAUAUGGCGGCAAUGAACCAUCCAACAAUUUCACCAUUGAAGGAUCAAUUGCUGGAAGUUGCUGA